UUUGCCCAUAGCUAAGAUGGCGGAAUGUCUACCUACACACACACACACGCGCGCGCGCGGUAGGGGUGAGAGGUCGAAGGCGGAAGGUUUCGCAGCGGGAAGAUGGUGGCGCAGGAGCCGCUCCGCGUGGUGCGCUGCGGCGGCAGCAAGUUGAGCGGCGCCAGAGCGGCGUUCUCCGCCGAUGCCAAGUACCUUUUAUGUGCCUCAGGAGACUACGUGAAAGUGUACAGCACAGUUACUGAAGAAUGUGUACACGUCCUGCAGGGUCACUCAAACCUGGUGACAGGAAUCCAACUUAACCCGCAAAACCACAUGCAGCUGUAUUCUUGCUCUUUAGAUGGCACCAUUAAACUCUGGGACUUCACAGACGGAAUUCUCAUUAAAACUUUUGUUGUUGGAUACAAACUUUAUGCAUUCUAUAUGCUUGCUGAUUCUGAGGGUUCAGUAUUCGUUAUAAUUCCAAGGAAAAAUGAGGAUGCAUCAGAUUCAUUCCAGCUUGCUUCUGUGAAACUGCCAAAAACACCAGACCAAGAAGUGGAAGCCAAGGAUCUGUCUUUGAUUUUGGAUGAUAUAGGCCAGUCGCCCAAAUGUACUGCGUUUGGAAGAGAAGGUGAAUAUGUGGCAUCAGUGCGUGGUCUUCAUCUCCUUGUUUAUUUUUUCAAAAAGAAGAAGAUUAACAGGUUUCCUUUAAGUGCAACAAGUAGAAAAGGUGCAAACAACUAUUUUACUUGUGUAGCUUGUCACCCUAAAGAAGACUGUAUAGCCAGUGGACAUAAAGAUGGCAAGAUUCGUCUCUGGAGAAAUUUUAACCACAAAAGAGAAUACACUUUCUCCACGUUGCACUGGCACCAUGAUCAAGUCAUGGAUUUAGCUUUUUCUGUGGAGGGUAACAGCCUGCUGAGUGGUGGGGUUGAGUCUGUACUGGUUCAGUGGCGUGAUGGAUCAGAUUGUAAGAAGGAAUUCCUGCCCCGUUUGGGAUCUACUAUUGAACACAUUUCUGCCUCACUAGAUGGAUCUUUCUAUUGUACCUCUCACUCAGAAAACAAAAUAACAAUUAUACACAGCAACCUGCGCGUUUCUGCUGUAAUUCAAGGAUUAGUCAAAGGCAGUGAUGUCAAGACUGGUUUGGUGGUUGAUCCUAGAACUAAAGCUUUGGUUCUGAAUGGAAAACCUGGUCAUGUGCAGUUCUAUUGUCUCAAAACUGACAAACAGUUGUACAAUGUAAUUUUGCUCUUGUGACUCAUCGAUAUUGUGCAGCAGUAAUAUAUCCAUCAAGUAGGUCUAAACCAGGUUGAAUUGGUGAAGGCUGCAUUUAGUACUCGAGGCAGUUGGUUGGCAACAGUGGAACAGCGAGAAGAAAAGGAAACGGAACUUGAAUUACAGAUGAAACUGUGGAACUAUGAUGAGCAAACACAAAGUUUUACUCUGAACACCAGAAUAAAUAUGCCACACGAAGGUCAUGUAACAGCUCUGUGUUUCCGUGACACAGAUGAAUUGGAAGAUAGAACUCCUACCUUGGUAACAGCUGGCAAGGAUGGUCGAUUUAAAGUCUGGGUGUUAGAGAAUGACUCUGACGCAGAGAAACCAAGUAUGGGAUGGAGCUGUGAUUUUGUGGGCAGUUAUCAUAACUACCCAGCUAAUACCUGCUGCUUCUCAGAAGAUGGCUCUUUGCUUGCUGUUAGCUUUGAAAGAACAGUCACUGUGUGGGACUCGGAUACCUGGGAUCUUAAAUGCACAUUUUGUCAUCCUCCUGGAAAAAUACGAAACCUGUGUUUUGGGAGACUAAGUUGUUCCAAAUACCUCCUUGGUACCACUGAUAAUGGCUUUCUCUGUUGCUGGAACCUGCUCAGCUGUGCAUUGGAAUGGAGCGCACAGCUCAACAUAAUGGUUCUGCAGCCAGACCCCCUUUCAGAAAACAUUGCUGCAUUCUCACGGCUCGUGGACAGUUCUGACUUGUUUAUAUUUAAACCAAAUGAGCCAAGGCCAUUCUGUAUCCAGAGAAAUCUCUGUAGAGAGCGAGUCCAGUGGGCUGUCUUCAUUCCAAGAGAUGUCCCUGAAUCAGUUGGCUCAGAAAAACACCAGUGGUUAAGCAGAUCUCAACUUUAUGUCCUGACUGAAACACAGGAUCUACUGACUUUUAGCACAAAGUCCGCAGAAGAGAGGCUUACGCCGUCAAGCAAACAGUUGGCAGUAGAGGAGAGUCUCCUUGUGACCCCCUUUUAUUUGCUAUUGGGAAAACACAGACAUCAACAGAAAUCAAAAGAGAAUGCCACUCUUGGGACAGCCGUCUUCCAAAGUCACGUAACCCAAGAUUCACCUGCAAUCAAAGAGCUCCUACACACUCCUGCACAUGUGUUGCCAUCUGCUUCUUUCCUGUGUUCCAUUUUUAUUAAUUCAAUGCUGAUAUCCAAGGAGAAUAAAAGUGCUGAAGAAGUGGUGGAUGAAGUUGAAAUGGACAGUGAAAAAGCAGAGGAUGAGUCAGAUGAGGAUGUAGAGCUUAAUGAGGUGGAACAGGAUAUAAAUACUACAGCGUUUUUGGGUGAAAUUACACCUAAACUGUCUAAAUCUCAGGAAAAAGAACUGCGAAAGAUAAGAAGAAUGGACUACAGUUGGAUAGCUGCUCUCUAGAAACAUCAGUAUAUGCAUUUUAUAGUUUCAUAUGAAUUUAAAUAUUAAUGUUAAUGGAUUAAAUACUGUGUUCUCCCAAAAAGGCUCUUUCAAUCAUU